UAGUUGCAGCAGCCACCGUGCUAGGGCGUGGGUUUUGAAUCAGGUAUACACCGGCCAUCUUUGUUGUUUGCGGCAGUGACACAACACUUCUACACUAAACGUUUUCGCGAAUUUACCGAUAUUUUGCCAAUUUCUCACUAAAUCACUUCAAUUCUGCGCUCCGUCGCUGUGAGAGCGCUGCGUCAGAUGAGACAGUCAUAAUAGAGAGUGUCGAGCGUGUGUGAUAUUUGACUCUAAACGAAGGCGACCGCCAUGGGUGAAGGAAGGUACGCGAGGAGGGGCGAGAGACAGCCGACGUACAUAGUGAUCGGCAGCAUCCUGUGUUUCGUCGCCUGCGCGCUGCUCAUCAUAGCAUUCUGCAGUCCGAACUGGCUGCAGCGGAAUCGCCGCGUCUUCAGCACAAUGCGCAAGAUCGGACUCUGGGAGGUGUGCUUCGACGGAUUCUGGGACAGGGAGCUGUCGAUGAACAAUUACGAGGAGUUCGAGAGAGACGGCUACCUCGUGCGCAUCUACGCCGACUGUCGCUGGGUGUUCAACUGGGAUCUGGAGAGAAUACGCGUGAGAUUGGUUCCGAAUUGGUUCAUGGCAGUGCAGGGCUUUGCAACACUGGGACUGGUUACAUCGAUGUUAGCGACAAUCAUCAAUAUCUCCAUGCUGUGCUUCUGCUGCAUGACCACAAGAAUUUCUUGUCUUUAUGCUCAGUCAUUCCUGCUCUUCGCAUCAUUUUGCUGCAACUCGGUCGCCAUAUCCGUGUUUGCUGCCAAGGCCUUAGAUGAACUCUGGAUGCCGAACUCAUACUGGAACCACUUCGGCUUUGCUUACGUAUUCUGCGUCAUCGGAGCCGUGCUAGGGUUCGUGGCCGGAGUUUUCAUGUACUCGCAGGCGGCGAAGGAAAGGCGCCGGUCGACCGAGCCAAAGUCAAUGCCAUUUGAGUCGUACGAACCGGGAAGGUAUAACCAUCCGAUGACGACAUCGGGUAGCUACCUGGGACCGGGGGGAAGCUACAGCACCGGGCCAGCAGGGAGCUAUAGCACGGGCCCAUCGCAUAAGACCACGCCCAGCGGCUCCGUAGACACAGACGUGUGAGCCGUUUAACGAUAUUCAACCAAAAGGCACAUAUUUAGAUAUUCAUUUAAAACUCACACACGCGCGAUGUUUAGCCAGGUUGUACACGCACACUAGUUUCGCACCAAACUUCAUUUGAUGAUGCCUCGCAACGUCUCACAUUUCUCUACCACCUAGUGAGGGCCCCAGUGAAGUUGGCUUACAUCUGUUCAGGCGCAGAGGCGGUACCUGAUGUAUGAUGCGAGAGGAAAAAAAUCGUGUGGGUGUGUAUUCGCAUCUUUCGUGGGUAACUUGGAAAUUGUGUGCGUUUUUUUGUGUACGUAACUUUUUUAAUCGCAACGCUUUUUACUUUACGAUAUAACGUUAAGGUAUUUUUUAUAGUAACAUGUUAGAAAACUCGAUUUUUAAUAAUCAUAUUUGAAUAUCAUAAAAGGAAACUACCACUAGGGAACGAGAGCGAGUUGAAUUUAAGUCGGCAACGUAAAAGGUCUACACAUCCGCGUAAUGCUAUUUCCAUUCCUUUUCAUCUUUAGAUUUUAAAACAACUAUGUAAAAUGAUUGCGUAUAUAUAUAUAUACAAGAGCGUAUUUAAGAAGAACCCUUCUUUAUACGCUCUUGAUAUAUAUAUAUAUAUAUAUAUAUACGCAUUUUCUAUUUUAUUAAAGCAUUAGUGGUGGACUUCUUAUCAUUUUGAUACUCUGAAUAUGAUUUCCUUCAUUGCAAUAAAAAUGUAUUUAUAAGACCGGCAAUGUAUUAUUGAUUUAUUUGUAACCGUUUUGCCUUUGUUCAUCUUUAUGUUUGGUGUGUUUAGCUGUGUCUAUAUUGCAAAAAAGUGUUUGAAGUCAAGUAACAUGAGAUUGACCCUGGCGGUAAUAUUUUAAUAAGUGAAUGUUUCGAUGACGUGAAUGUUUCGAGAUUUUCGAUCGUUUAGUUAGUCGUCAUUAUCGACAGUCUUUUAAAUAUGCUAUGAGUUUAAAAAUAUCAUGUAUAGACAUUAUGCUUACGUUUAACGGGGCAUUUCAGCAUAUGGUGCAUGUGGCUAUGCAAAUUUACUUCAUAUCUGCGUCGUUUAGGUUAACUCAAUAAACAUUGAUUGAUGCGUCCAGAUUCGGUGGAGUUAGUUGAAAAAUAAGGUGACUAACUGACUCAUCACACAGUGCUUGUGGUCUCAGUUAUCUGGUUGCUAUUGUGCGUUUCAGCUGCUGAAUCGUUCAGGUUUAUUGCUAGGAUGUUGUACGGCAUCAAAUUGAAAUCUAUAAGUAAUCCGCGUUACAGUACAGGAAACACUUUACCAUGUCCCGCUAAAUGAUAAUAUGGUAGGAUCAUGAGUGAAUAAUAAUAUAAUUCUAUUAUUAUUCACUCCUGGUAGGAUUUUUUCAACAUAGGGGCCUAUUGGGAAAAGAACCCCUAUUUGAGGCUACCUGAUAUAAAGACGUUGUCGUGACUAGGUAAUCGUCAUCAGAUCUCAAUGCCGUAAAAAGGGGUGUCAUCAUUUUCUCCCUGUUGAAAUAUCCGGUAUCUGUUUUAAUAACAUGUCAAAAUUUGUUUUAUCAGGUGGAAAUCGAAAUGUUAAAAGUUAGCGACGGAAUUUAAAAUAUUCAUAGGCAUGCAUGUCCAAACGUGUAAAACGUGUAAUGUUUAAAUUGUAGUAAACAUGUAAAUUGACAUGACGUUCGGGGUAAAAACAAAGCAGUGUAAUCGUAGGUAAUACUACUCAUAUUGACAGAUGCCGAUACUGAGUGUAAAUGUCUAACAAUACGGACAAUAUUCAGUGUUGACAAAUCAGAAUACUGACUUUUGUAUUGGAAUUAAUAAAAUGUAAAUACAUUUUACAGCUAAAA